GAAGUGGGUGGGGAGACAAGGGAGGUAGGAGCUUAAAAAGGGAAGAGCCCAGGUGAAGAGGAGAGGCAGCCACCUGAGAUACAGACACCUCUCAGGACUGGAAACAAGUCAAAGUCUGCUUUGUUAGUGGACUGGAAUAAUUCCAUCAAGGUCUGCAGAGACCCCAGAGGCCAUGCCAACUCUCCUCUCUGCCGCCGUCCUCUCGGUGCUGCUGGCCACAGGCUGCUGGACUUAUGAAGCCACCCCUGGAGUCGGUUGCCACCUCCAUCCUUUCAGCGUGACCAUCAAGAGUGACCCCCGAGGGAGCUGCCGCAGCAGGCAAACGGUCCACGCCUGCGUGGGCUACUGCGAAUCCAGCGCCUUCCCCUCCAAGUACUCUGUCCUCCUGGCCAGCAACUUCAAGCACAACAUCACGUCCGUCUCCCAGUGCUGCACCAUCGCCAAGAUGCAGAAGAUAAAAGUGCAUCUGCGUUGUGGGGCCACUCGGCCUGAGACCAUAGAAGUCUUCACAGCAAAGACUUGCCAGUGUGACGUCUGCCGCCUCUCCAGAUAUUAGGGAGUCAGUGGUAGCCAUCCCUGCUUGCGGCCUUUCUAUGCUAUCCAUUGCCGGCUCUCACUACCCUGGUCUCCCCCUUCUCCUCUCCCAACCAGAGUUUGCUUAAUUCAAGGAUGUAGCCCAGAGGCAGCUGCCUGCAGAGCCACGCUGACACCUACCACAUCCCCCAAAUAUUGCCUCCUUACAUACUUGGCAAACUAGCGAACUCAACAAGCCUGAAAGCUGCAGUGGCGGGAGAGGCCGGGGCCACUUUUUCUUCCCCUUGAGGGGGCUCUGCCCCACAAGUUGCAAACGCAAGCAAGCAGAAGAAACCUUUUGUGGAAACAAGGAGGAUAUAAAUGCAACGAAAUAAAAUAUAA